AUGGAGCCCACAUUCAACCAAUGCUCUCAAAUUGACCUUAUCCUUGGUAACGAUUCAGAACGAUAUAUAAACAUCGAUGGCAUAAAGAAGAAUGUUUGUGGCCUUGCAUUUGCAUACAAUACAAUAUUUGGUUGGGUCCUUAGUGGUCCCAUUAUUGGCAACCCUAUACACUCGUUUACAACCACCAUAAUUCCUUCUGAAACUUCCAUUCUAAACGAUCAUCUGCGAAAAUUCUGGGAACAGGAAGAGUUGCCAUCUCCUAAACACUUGUCUAAAGAAGAUCAGUAUUGCGAACAAUUCUAUAAAGAAACCACAAUCCGCCAAGCUGAUGGAAAAUAUGUGGUGCGAUUACCCUUUAAAAAAGAAUUCCCUAAUUUUAUAUUUCUUGGUGCAUCCAGAAUAUUGGCUCUUGGCCAAUAUUCGCGCAUGAAACAAUCUCUAGCCAAAAGUCCUAACCUCCAAGCUCAAUAUAAUGCUGUUUUAGAAGAAUAUUUAUCACUUCAACAUAUGGAAAAAAGUUCGUUCCGUGAAAUCUCCUCUGAUAAUUAA